AUGUCUUUUCAGGAAGAGGUCCUAAGAACCACAGGGGAAGUUGCUGUGAAAACUAUCUUUCUUUUACAGUCGGGGUUUGGAACUAUGGCCAAUAGCUUUCUCUUUUUCCGUAAUGUUUCUUCAAUCUUGCUUGGCCAAAGGCAGAAGCCUACACAUACAAUUCUUACCCACAUGGCAGUGGCCAAUAUCUUCGUUCUCCUCUCCAGUGGGGUUCCCCAUACAAUGGCAGUUUCUCUCUUCAGAAACCCUCUAUCAAGCCUUGGGUGCAAAUUUGGAUGUUAUCUAUACAGAGUGGCUCGCAACACCAAUGUGUGCUUCCCCUGUGUACUGAGCACCUAUCAGGUCUUUAUUCUCAACCCUGGCAGAGUGGCGUGGAUGAUGCUCAGAGGAAGAGCUCUCAAGAUCAUUGAUCCACUCUGUUGUACUUGCUGGAUGCUCAGUUUCGUAAUGCAUAUCUAUGCUCCUGUAAUGGUCACUGGUCUACAAGACACAGAAAAUGAUACUGACUUCCAAGGGAAGUGGUUCUGUCCAUCCUCAAGUUUCACUGCACAGAUUGUCAUCUUGUGGUCCAUCUCUGAUGCCAUGUUUAUUGGCCUCAUCAUCUGGUCCAGUGGUUCCAUGGUCCUUCUCCUGCACAGACACCACAAGAGAGUGCAGCAUAUUCACACCUCCAAUGAUAACUACGAGCGCCCCCCAGAGAUCAGAGCUGCCCACUCCAUCCUGAUGCUGAUGGUCACUUUUAUCAUCCCUUACAUGCUGAAUUCCAUUUUUACUUUUUGCAUCAAUAACUUUUUAGAUACUCAUCUAUGGUUGAUGCUGAUCUCUCAUAUUUUGGCUUUAUUUUUCCCUACUUCUAGCCCCUUACUGCUGAUCCUUAGGGAUCCUAGAGCUCCUAAUUUCUGCUCUUGA